AUGACAACUAGCAUUGAAUCGACUUAUUUGGAGGGUCACAACCCUACGUCUCAUCCUAUCUUUAAGAGAAAUUAUCUAUCAUCCUCUUUUCAAGAAACAUCUCCUAGAUUUUUUUUCACCACAAAUAGGGACAAUAGAGUAGUUGUCGUUCAAGAUGGUUCUAUAAGAUGGUGCUAUACAUUUAGUCAAAAUUAUCAUUCUUAUACGAUUGCAUCUAGAAAUUUUGAUAUUAAAGAUUCAUUAAUUAGUAACUCAGGAUCAUUCGUAUGUUAUUAUUCAGAUACUGACAUUAGUAUCAUGGAGAUCCCAUGGUCUCAUUCUAAUUCAGUAAAUGCUUCAAGCAGCCACUGUAUUCAAAAAUAUCGGUACUCUUUCAAGAAAUAUUCUUUAACCGUUAAGCAAGUUCUUUUCCACCCAUUAGCAACUUUAGAGUCUUGCUUGGUGGUUUUGCUUUCUGAUGACACAAUUGUUUUUAUUGAUUUCUCAAAAUCUUUCGACUUAUUAUCAUCUGACUAUAUUUUAAAUAAAAAGUCUAAAUCUAUUGGUCUUUCUAGCCAAAUAUCGGAUAUUCAAAGUUUAACAUUUAGUCAAGAUGGCUUAACAUUAUAUGCAUUAAGCUCAUCUGCUGCUACUGACGUAUAUGCCUUUUAUCCAUGCUUACCACCUUCGGCUCAAUUUUCUUUGGAACAAUUGGAAAACUUAGUUAAUAAAUCGGUAGUACAAUAUGAGGAAUUACGUGAAGAUGAUCCAACAGCACUGAAAAUAAAUAUAAUUAAGCAACUAAAAUUUACCAGUGAUCUAUAUAAAAAGGGUAAGAGAGCUCUAGAAGAAGAUACUGACUCUAAAACCUGGAAAUAUGAUGUACCUUUAGAAUACCGUUUAAUUAGGCCUCAGGGCCCUUUCACAAUCUCACCAUUCCCGGAUUCUCUAUAUUAUUCAUCUCCAACACAUAUAGUGUCAGUUCCUAUCGAUACAACCAAUGAAUUGCUUGUAUUAUCAUUUAGUGAUGGGUCUGUUGUUAGUUUGUUCCAAGAUUUGGAAUUGACUAUGUCUUGGGAUCAAGAUAACUUUAAUGAAAACAAUUCAUUAGUAUUAUUAGAAUUAAUUAAAACCAAGGAACAGAAUAUUCGUAAAUUGACCACUUAUGCGCACCAAUACGGUACGUUUUAUAUAUUGGGCUCCGUUAAAAAUUUCGAAGUAUUGACAUCUCAUUGGUCAUCAACUUUGGCCAUAUGUAUCAAAUCUUCUGAUAUCAGAGAUUUAUCAAACCUGCUAAUUAAAAGUGUAAUCAAACCAUUCGAUAAUGCUGCAUAUGAGUUAACUUCUGGUGGCUGGUGGUGUUCUCCUACAAUUUCAUCUUUACUAUUUAUAAAUAAAUCAACGGUUAUAGAGCUUAAUGAGAAACCAAAAUUACUUCUAUCAGAUGAUACUACCCAUCUUUUGACUUCGGAGCUAGCUCAGAAAUAUAUUCCACCAUUAGAAGACAAAAUAUUCAAAAUUGAACUUCCAAUGGGUAUUCUAAUAUCCGAUUUAAAUAAUAUGAAUACGGUUUUUAAGGAGGAGUCCAAUAAGCAAUUGACAAUUCCAAUCCCUUCGCAGGAAAGAAACGUUACUUUAUUUAAUAAAACGAAUGAGAAUCAACUUGAAACUUUAACAAAGAUUUCAAAAGUUAUAGGUAUCAAGAUCUCUAUGGGACAAAGCCUGGGAUUUGGCAUAUAUAAUAAAAUUCUAGACCAGCAAAAUAUCGUUGAAUUACAAUUAAGGCAGACCCAACGUUUACUAGAAAAAGAAAAGAUUUUGAAUACCAAAUAUAACGAACAAGCAGACAAAUUGCGUGCGUUUACUGAAAGACAAGAAAAAUUAAUGUCUCGAUUACUCAUUAUGAAUGAGAAACUGAAAAAGGCUGACCUUGACACCAACUUAUUAAAUAUAUCCAUUAGUAAAAAGGAAUUGGAAUUCUUCAAGGAAAUUAGAAAACAAGUUUUAUUAUUUAAUGAAUUUGUUCAUAAACAGAAGGAUCAACACGAUACUCUUCUCUUUAUUAAAAAAGAAUUAAUCCGUAUUAAGGGUGAAAAUGCCAUUGUCGAUGAAAAUGACUUCAAGCAAUGGGAUAGGUUGAGAGAUAUGUUGCAUGAUGAUGCUACUACUAUCGAAACAUGCACUGAAAGUAUCAAAAAUAUCAACUUUGAUCUUGAUAGAGCAUUGAAAAAAGAUUCUCUCUCAAUCUAA